AUGCGUCUUUUACCAACGCUCGCCACCGCACUCCUGUUCGCGGUCAAUGUGACAGGAAGUCCGGCCGCUGCUUCAGGUCCAGCGGAAUCCGUCACCCCCGUCGCGAAUAUUGUAGAGGAGGCCGCCCCGACAACUUCGGCUGCCCAAGCAAACAAUAUCAACCAGGCGAAUGCCGCCGCUGCUGACAGUACUACUGCUGCCGACACAGCGAAAGCCGCUAACACGGCUGCUGCUGCGGCUACGAAGGAAGAAGAUGAUACCGCUGAAGCAGAUACUGCCGACCCGACAACCAAAGCCAACCCUGUGGAAUCCGUGGUUGGUGGCAUAAAGACUGCUCUUGGUGCCGAUGCAAAAGAAACAACUGAUUCAGCCAAUGCACCCGCCCCCACAAAAACUGCUGAUAGCUCGGCUGAUGAGCCCAAGUCCUCCGCUGCCGAAGCUUCCUCCGCCCCCGAAGCUUCCUCCGCUGCUGAGACUACCCCCACUGCCUCUGCUACAGGCACCUCGAGCACAAAGUCCACUAGCUCCGAUAGUGAUUCUGACAGCGACUCAAAGAGUGAUGAUACUGCCAAGGCCUCUGAUAUUUUGCCAGACUUAAAAGAAGCUAUCUCGAGUUUGUUUGGCGGUAAUGGCAGUGGCGGAAUCGCGGAACUUCUGCGUGGGCUUGAAAGUCUGCUUAACCCAAAGUUCUUGGGUAACUUCGCCGACACCUUCGAAUAUCUCUCUACCGGUCUGGCACCUCCGGUCGAUAACCAGCUCCGAACCUUGGUGGCUAACGGCAACGACCUUUUGACUUCGAGCUUCGUCAAGAAGACCGGAUCUCUCAUCGACAAUGCCAACGAGCUCUUGACCGAGGAGAACACCAAGGAGAUCGGGACCCUCCUCAAAGUCGCCAACAAAUUGUUGUCCGGCGACUUCAUCGACAAGGUGGACCACCUCAUCGAUAACGCCAACAAUCUCCUCACCUCCAACUUCGUCAAGCAGACCACCAACCUCAUUGAGAAGGCCAGCCCUCUCAUUGAUGAUGCUAGCGGUCUACUUACCGACAAGAAUGUUCACGCAAUUGAGUCGCUCUUGACAAACGCUAAUACACUGCUCACUGCCACAUUUGUCAAGGAGACCACCAACCUCAUCGGCAAGGCCAGCCCUCUUAUCGAUGAUGCCAGUGGCCUGCUCACCGAGGGCAAUGUCAAGGCAAUUGAGAACCUACUUGGCAAUGCCAACAAGCUGCUGACACCCAGCUUUAUCUCGACUACUGGCAAGCUCAUCCAGCAAGCCGGCCCCCUUAUCAACCAGGCUAGCGGUCUCCUCACCGAGGGCAAUGUCAAGGAAAUCGAGUCACUCUUGAACAACGCCAACAAGCUGCUCACACCCAGCUUUAUCUCGACUACUGGCAAGCUUAUCAAGCAGGCCGGUCCUCUCAUCAGCCAGGCUAGCGGUCUUCUUACCGAGGGCAAUGUCAAGGAGAUUGAGACUCUAAUUGGCAAUGCGAACAGCCUGCUUACUACCAGCUUCGUGAACCAGACCACUAGCCUGAUCGAUGAAGCUAGCGAGCUCCUGUCUUCGGAUACCAUUGACAGUCUGAAGUCGCUCCUCCACCAGCUCGCUCCUAUCAUUCCCGAGCUGAAGGGCCUGCUCAAGCCAGCCACUAUCAAGGCAAUCGAGAACGUGCUAGACAACGCCAACAAGUUACUCACGGACUCCUUUGUCAAGGACACGAACACCCUGAUCACCGAGGCUGUUGGCCUUCUCACUCCCGACCUGGUCAAGGCUCUCAAAUCGCUCCUCAGCGAUCUUACUCCGUUGAUACCCGAGUUGCAGUCGCUGUUGACAAAGGAGAUGAUCGAUUCGAUCGAGAAACUUCUGAACAACGCCGGGGAUCUUCUCACUUCAGAUUUCGUCAAGGACACCAAGGGUCUUGUCGGCGAGGCCGGCGACCUGCUCACUCCGGAGGUCUCCAAGGGACUGAAGUCAAUCCUGAAGGACGUCAUUCCUCUGCUACCAGAGCUGAAGUUGCUUCUCAACAAGAGCACCAUCUCCGCUAUUGGUUCUCUCUUGACCAACGCCAACACCCUCUUGACCCCCAAGUUUGUGAACGAGACCAUUGGUCUAAUCGACAGCGCCGACGACCUCUUGACCCCAGGAAUCGUCACUGGACUGAAGGAGCUCCUCGGCGACGUCGGGCCUCUGAUCCCCGAUCUCAGAAGGUCAUUGCUGAACACAACCAUCAUCACCGACCUGGGAUACAUCGUGACCAACGCUACCACUUUGCUCACACCCCACUUCGUCGUCGAGACUACAGACCUCAUCGACAACGCCGAUGGCCUCUUGACCCCCAAGGUGGUCAGCGUGCUCAAGGAGGUUCUUGGCUACGUACCCGAGUUGAUGCCCGAGGUGAAGAAGUUGCUCAAGCCAUCUACCAUUUCGGAUGUUGGCGCACUUUUGAACAACGCUCAUGAUCUUCUCACUCCUAAAUUCGUUAACGAGACAACAGUCCUGAUCGAUGAUGUUACAAGCUUCUUGCCUUUGAUACAGGAAUUGCUCAAGGCGCUGUGA